AUGGGUACAGCCAUGGAGAACCUUGAUCGUCUUCUUGCCAUGCCAUAUGGGUGUGGAGAGCAGAACAUGGUCCUAUUUGUCCCCAACAUCUUCAUUCUGGAAUAUCUUCAGAGCACUCAUCUGACACCUGAGAUAAAGAACAAAGCCAUCAGGUUCCUGGAAAGUGGUGAGACAUACUGGGGCCAGAUCAUCCCUCUCUUUUUUUACUUAAUUUAUUCAUACUUUUAUGAAAAUUUACUAUUUCUUAUAGUGAAACGUCAAGUUUUGUUCAAUAUAAAAACUCCAGGUGAACAACACACAUUACAAGAAUUUUAG